AUGGGUUGUUCAAAUGCUCGUUUAUUAGUACAAACAUCAUUAUCUGAACCAAAUGCAGCAACAAAUUUAAAUAUGAAUAAUCCUUUGAAUCCAUUACCAACAACAGGAACAACAUCCAAUGAAACAUCACCAAUUGGUAUUGUUACCGAUACAAAUAAUUCAACAACACGAAUGCACUUAACAGGAGUUGAUCUUGUUGUUGAAAGAAAUGGAUCCUAUACACUAUUACUAACACCGAAAACUCAUAAACAGUUAAUGCCCUAUGUAUUGCGAAAAAAACGAUUUCGGAUUCUCGUUGAUAAAUCUCGCUCAGAAGAAACAUCUACUGUUAAUGUACCAUUAUCAUCUUAUCAUUUAAUAAAUCAAGAACGAAUCAUGGAAAAUGAUAAAGAACUAAAAUUAAAUGAAAAAAAAUCUAAAAAACAAACAAAAGAUAUUAUGGAACCAACCAUUGAAAUUGUUCAACAAGUUGCAACCAAUGAACUUGAUAAAGCAAAAGCACGUUUUAUUGGUGGUCGAAGUAUUGAUCGUGGUGAUCCGGAAGAUGAAAAUGAAAAUAUUCAAUCCGAUGAUGAAGGUAUGAUUGAAGAAAUUAUAACAACUGUUGAAGAAGAUAAAGAUCUUGAAUGUAAAGUUAAAAAGAAAAUUGAAACUAAAAAAACUAUUGCACAAGAUCCUGAAACACAUAAUAAAAUAACAAAAGUUGUUAAAACUGAAGUUACUGAAAUAACACGAACAAUAACAAUUAAUGAUCAACAUGAUCUUGAACGUGCUAAACGUGAAUUAGGUAUUGAUGAUGUUAACAAAUUAUUAUCAUCAACACAAAUAACAUAUAAUACACAACCAACAACAACAUCAUCAUCAUCAUGGAUUGAUCAACCACGUUUAAUACAUGUACAAGAAAAAUAUUAUGAACCAUCAAAUGAAAUAGUUACAUCAGGUGAUUUUCCAUCUGAUAGUCCAAUAAAACAACAUUCACCUACAAUUAAUAAUAAUGAACAAGAAUCUAAACAAGAUCAAACAUUAGCUGAUGCAACAACUGUUGGACGUGGUCCUGUUAGUGAAACAAUAUCUUCAUCAUCUUCUCCUCAAUCAAUAUUAUUACAAAAACAACAGCCAACAACAGUUGAUGAACAAAAACGAAUUUCAACAAAACCAAAGAAGAAAAAAUCAAGUCUUAAUAUAUGUUCAUGUACACGUAAUACAACAAAUGAUUAUGAUGAAGAACAACGUAAACAAAAAGCAGCAACUAUAAUUGAACAAAAAUCAAAACAAAAAAAGAAGGCAUCAAGUACAACAGCAAAUGCAUUACUUACAUCAACAAAUCUUCAAAGUGAAUCUCAAAAUCAAGGUCAAAAAUUAGUAUCGGAUGAUAUUAAAAAAUUAAUUAAAGAUAAAAAAUCUUUAUUAAUUAAUUAUAUACAUUUAAAAAUUUUUUUACCAUCAAAAUUAUUUACAACAAAUGAACAAGAUAUAAAAGGAAGAAAAAUUUCAUCACGUAUACUUGAUUUAUUACAACAGGAUCGUUGUUCAUCAUGGAAUAAUCUUUUUGAACAAAUAAAAAAUGAAUAUUCAGAACAAUUAUCACCAAAUUUAUUUAUACAUCCAAUGAUUAAAACAUAUGAAGAUUUAUUUACAACUAAACAAUCAAAUUUAUUAAAUACAUUUUCAACAAUACAUCAUGAAAAAGAUAUUAAAAAUCUUCCGGAAAAUAUUGAUUAUAUAACUAUUGUACAAACAUAUAUUAAUGAACGAGAUCAUCAACUAAAUAUUAGUGUUAUUACUAAACCAAUUGAAGAUACACUCGAACGUUUACAACAUCAUGGACAAUCUGAUGAAAAAGUAGUUGACGACGAUCACGAAAAACAACAAGCAUUAGUUCACACGAAAGAUAUCGACAUGUCCGAUAAUGUAAAGAAACGUUUACCUAUUUAUAAUGAAGAACAAUUAAUAAAAAUGCUUGCUGAUAUAUCACCACAUAGACCAAUAACAUUAGCUGAAGCAAUAGCCUAUGAAUAUAUUCAUCUUGAUGAUCCAAAAUUAGGUUUAUCAAAUGAUACAAUUCAACGUAUGAAAAAUUUAUUUCGUCCAUUAUCAUAUGAUGAUGAAUCAACAUGGAAUUUAAUACGUAUUAAACGUUCAGGUCAAUAUUUAACUGAUUUUAAUCUUGCUGAAACAAAUUCAUUUGAAAAAUUUCAUUUAUCACAACCAUUUAUAUAUCAAUUACAACAAUCAUUUGAACCAAGAUUUGAUUUAACUGAAAAACAAUUUCGCUCAUUAACUGAAGCUAUUUUAAAUAAUAAAGAUGAAUAUUCGAAUUUACAAUUUAAUAUUGGAAGAUCAUUAAUGCCACCUGGUGAUAUGAAAGAAUCAUCAACCAAUGAUUUUAGUCAAUCCGAUUCUGGUUAUUCAGUGACAACAGCAACAUAUGAAAGUUUAGCAAGUAAAGUUAAGAAUGAAUUUGAAGCAAUAAAUGAACCAAUAACUGUUCAAUCUGAUACAUCAGAUAAAAGCAUAGGUCAAACUAAUAGUACAUAUUCAAAAGAGAUCAUAACGGGAACAGUUCCAGAAACAGAAGAAAAUUUUGAUGAUAAAAAACAUGAUUUAAUAAAAAUAUCAUCAAAAGCAAAUGUUACAACACCUAUUUAUAUGAAAAAACGUAAAUCAACUGGUUUACUUUCUUGUUUUGGAAAUAAAAAAGCAAAAGCAUCAAUAGAACAACAUAAACAACCAAUUAUAAAACCAUCAAUUACUCUAGAUAAUAAUCAACAAAUAAAUAUUCCUAUUCAAGAAAAAUCUACAAUUGAUUAUACGAUUUUACCUGAUGGUAAACGUAUUUAUAUUGAUGUUUUUCGUGAUCGACCUGGCCUUGAUAUGUCGUAUAAACCAAAAGAUUUCGAUACUCAAUUCGUUCUACCUGUUACAAAAUUACCCAUUGAAUAUGAAAGAUCACUCACACCUGAAAAUACAGAAUUACUAUCAACUGCAAUUGACCAUACACCAAUUGUAAAUUUAGAAGCACGUUUACCAACUAUCGAACCAAUGAAUAUUCAAUCGGAAAUAAUUGAAGAAAAACCACUUGUAAAAUUAGAUGUACAACAACCAACAAUUCAAUCUUUAGAUGUUCAAACAAAACCUAUUGAAGUACAUACACCAAAAGUUGAAUCAAUUCAUGCUCAACCUGAAAUUGUUGAACAUAAAACAAUAGCACAUUUAGAAGCACGACCAGCAACAAUUGAACCAAUUGAUGUUCAAUAUGAAAAAACAUCAAUUGUUGUUCCAUUAACAAAAACUGAUGAAUCAACUGUUUCAAAGCCAAUUAUAAAUUUACAUGGUGCAGGUGUAGAUUUACCUAAAGUUGAAUUAGUUAAACCAGAACUAUUACCAACAUCAGCUGUAACAAAAGAAAAACAUAAAAAAACAAAAGAAGUAACUACAACUGAAAAAACACCUAAAGUUAAAAAAUCAACUGGUGGUUUAUGUGCAUCAUGUUUUGGUGCAAAAGCAGCUGAAAAAAAGAAAAAAGAAUUAACAUCUGAAACCCGUCCAGCACCUAUUGAACAGAAGAAAGUAAUUGAACAAGAAAAAAAAGAUGAUAUCCCAAAAACAACAGCUAUCUUAUCAACACCAACGAUUGAAUCAAUACCAAUACCAGUAUUACCACCAAGAACAGACGAACAAAUUACUUUACCUAAUGUUGAAAUCGAUAAAAUUCAAGACGAAACUACUGUGACUCUUCCAAAAUUAGAAGAUCGCCUAGAUGCAACUGUUGAAAAAUUAGUACCAAUUGAAGAACCACAUUAUCAAUUACCAUCAAGCGAGCCUGUGCCGCCAACUCAAUAUUCAAUACCGGAACCAAAUACAUAUGAUACUCCUCGUUUCACUGAAACACUAACAAUUGAAACUAGUGCAAUGCCAACUUUUGAAACUAGUCAAAUCCCGACAACUCAGACUAGUCCAUUACCAACAAUUGAAACUAGUCCAAUAAAUACAGAAGAGAAAAUUCUUACAAGUGAAAUAUCUCCUGAAAUUCCAAUAGUCGAAAUAAAAAAACCUGUUGAUGAUAUUAUUCCAUCAAUAGAACCAAAAAUUGAAUCAACAAUAGAACAAAAAAUUGAAUCAACAACAGAACAAAAAAUUGAAUCAAUAAUAACAACAAAACCAGAAACAAUGCCAAAUGUUGACAUAAAUGAAUCAACUAAAAAAGGUUCAUAUACGUUACCAACAAAAAAAUCUAAAACUAAAAAACCUAAAGAACCAAAAGUUAAAACUGAAAAAAAAUCAGGUCUAUUUUCAACAUUGUUUCGUCAUGGUGAUCGUAAAUCAAAAGCACCAGCACUUAAUUUACCAUCAGUUGAACAAGAUUUAACACGAACAAAUGAAAUACAUACAAAUGACAAUGAUCCAUUACAUGUACCAAAUAUUGAUUUACCUAAACCUAAUGUAUCAUUACCAAAUUAUGAUCGACCUGAAGUUGAUAUGACAAGUGGACAAAUAAAACAAUCAUCAGAAUUUUCAAUACCAGCUGUUCAUUUACCACCAGUACCUAAUUUAAAUUUACCCGAUAAUGAUAAAUCAACUAUUGAUACAACAAUUGAUCCAUUAAAAGUUCCAAAUAUUGAAUUACCUGAUCUUCAAUUAAAUUCAAAUGAACAAGAAAAUAUUAAAUUACCCGAAAUACAUUUCAAAUCGGAAAAAGAAACUUUACCUCAAGUUUCAUUGUCUCUUGAUCUUAAAAAUGAUAAUAAAAUAGAACAAUUACCAACAGUUACAGAUGAUUUAGCAUUAACAUCACCUAUUAAUGAUUCGUUUGCAAUUCAAACUGACGAAAAAAAUUUUCCUAUUGAAAUAGAUUCAACAAUUCCAGAAUUACCUAAAAUACCUUCGGAUGAAACUGAAACCAUAAUUAAACCAGAAUUAUUAUCAACUGAACAAAAAUAUACGAUUACGGAUACACAUUUUGUACAACCACCGGAAUUACCAACAAUAAUUAAUAAACAAACAACUGAAAAUAAUGAAAUUAUACCAAAACUUCCUGAUUUUACAUUUCAAAUACCUUCAACAGAACCUAUUCCAAUUUUAUCAAGAGAUAUAAGUUUAUCUCCACCAUCAUUUGAAAAUGAUUUGCCAACAGAUAAAUCACAAAUUGUUCCAGCUAUUGAAAUUUCAACAUCACCAAUCAAAUCUACUGAGAAACAAAAGAUUGAACCAAAAGUUGAAAUUAAAAAAAAAUCAUCAACACUUGCACUUUGUUCAUGUUUUGGUAAUAAAUCAAAUGUACAAAAAAAUAAAACACAAACUAUUGCUGCACCUAAAACUGAUUUACCAGAAGUUAAUAUGCCUAAUCCAUCAUCAAAUAUAUCUUCAACAUUAAAAACAAAAGGUUCAUUACGUGCACCAAGUAAUGAUUUACCAAGCGUUGAUUUAACAUUACCUCAAACAGAAUCAGUUCGUUUACCAACAAUUCAUACAAAUGAAAAAAAACGACAAGCACCAAAAAAACCAAUUGUUAAUGAAGAAAUUGUUUUAUCACAACCAGUUGUUACAAGUUCAGAAGGUGUUUUACCUACUACCACUACCACAACAACAGCAGUAAAGGAUGUUCAUGUACAACACACUGAUAUUAUUCGCUCAAUUGAAGUUAAAACUGAUGAAGAACUAUUAGUGCAACCAUUGGUUUUAGAAAAACAAAUUGAAGAGAAAAUUGAUGUUCCAUCACCUACUGUUUCAUCAAUCGUUAUUGAAAAACAAUUAGACGAACAAAUUAAUGUUCCACCACCAACUGUUAUCGAAGCACCAGUAAUAGAAGACAUUAAAACUGAAUCAAUUACUACAACAACUCCUAUUGAAAAGCAAUCAGUAGAAGAAAUCAAAGAUAUCCAAACUGAAUCGAAAAAAGUUCCAUCAUUUGAAAUAAAAGCACCAGCAUUACAUAUUCCGGAACUUGAUUUAUCUAGUCCACCAAAAACUGAUGCGUACAUAUCAUCAAUAAAACAAGAAGAAACAACAACACAAUCUCGUUCAGACAGUGGUCUUGAAGCAAUAAUUUCAUCUCAUAUGCAUCCAUCAUCAACAUUUGGCACAACUCAAACAAUUGAAGAUCUUAAUCAACAUCCAUCACUUAGUUCAGGUUUAGGUAGUGAAUUAAUUGAUAGUGUAAUAACAAAAGAUUCAACAUUACCUAAUAUUCAACAAGAAAAUUUAACAACAGAAUCAAAAGUUGAUAAUAGUUUAUUAAAACAUGAUUUUACUCGUAAAAUAACUAUGAAUGAUGAAUUACGUGCUAAAUUAUUAUUUCGACAAGAUAAAUUAAAAAAAUGUUUAGAAGAUGAAAUAUCAAAAUCAAUUGAUGAUUUCGAUACAAAAAAAGAUCAUAAAGCUUUAAAUAAAAUACUUACACAUGCUAUUGAUUUAAUUAACGAGAAAAAAGUAACAACAUAUCCUGAAUUAAAACAAAAAUUAAUUGUUGAACAUAAAAAUGAUGCUUUUAUUGUUGAUCCUGUUGUACGUUCACUUUAUUUCACUAUUGAAAAACAAGGUUUAGAUAAUCUUGAUAAACCAGAAUUUCCAUUGGCUAUUCGUGAUAUGGUUCGUCUUCCAGCUAAACAAACAUUUGAGACAGUAGCACAAAUUAACAAAGAUGUAACAAAAGAACCUACUAAAAUAUCUCAAGAUCAGUCGAAAAAAAGUUCAUGUUUAACAUGUGGUCAUUCAAAAUCGAAAAACAAAACUUCAUCAACAACGCCUAAAACAACAAGCACAACAACAACAAAUACUGGUUUACUUGAUGAACGUCGUCGUUUACAAUUAAAUACACAUCGUAAUGAAUUAGGUAAUAUUUUACGUGAUCAUAUUCAAUCAAGUCAACCAUCAAUACGACUGUUUUCUGAACAUUCAAAAGAAAUCGAUAAAAUAAUUCGUAAAAGUUUAACACUUCUAAAUCAACCAAAAAUUCUUUCUUAUGAACAAAUUCGUAAUGAUUUAAAAACCGAAUAUAAACAGACAUUUUAUCUUGUUGAUCCAAUAAUUGAUAUCAUACGUGAUACAUUUGAUCAUUGUGAUAUAACACAAAUGAAUGAAAAAAUUAAUCUUGAUAUAUUAGAUUCAAAUAUAACACAGACAGCUAAUUUAUAUAAUCAAGUAUAUAAUCAAACAAAUUUAUUAACAACAGAAGAAUAUAAUUUAUUAAAAACUAAUCAAUUACAAUGGUUAAAUCAAUAUUUAAUUGACAAUGAAUUAAAAACGAAAAAAAUAACAAAAAAACAAACAAAAGAAUUACAAAAAAUAUUAAAUCGUGCAUUAGAAUUAUUGUCAUUAAAUUUAAUCUAUUCAUGGGAUGAAUUAAAUUCACAAUUACGACGUGAAUUUUCUAAAGCACAUGAUUUAUGUGAUCGUUCAAUUGAAUUAAUAAAACAAGCACAAAAAGAUGGUUUAUUAUUAUUACAACAAUCACCAAAUACAAAUCAACAAGAAUUAACAUCAAUUAAUGUUAUUAGUGCUAAUGGAAAACGACGCGCAUCAUCAUUAUUAACUGAACGUGCUAAACAAAAUAUACAGACAAAUCGAAAGAAAAUUAUUUCAUCAAUAACAAAUUUAUUAUAUGAUUAUAAUAAACCAUUAUAUAAUGAAAAUCAAAUUGAAACAUAUGUUAAUAAAACAUUUCAUUAUUUAGAAGAAAAAAAAAUUGGAGAAUUUAAAACUUACAAUGAUUUAAAAGAUAAAUUAAAAAAAGAUUUUAAACAUAAUCAUGAAAAAUUAAUUGAACAAAUCGUUGAUGUUAUUGAACAAGCACAUGCUACUAAUCAAUUUGAUGAUAUUGAUAAACCAGAAGUACAAACUUUAAUGAGAGAUCGACUAGAUGGAAAACCUUUAGUUAUUAAAGAAAUGUAUGUUUCAUUACCACCACGUGCAGGUGCUUAUGGAACAUCAAAACAUUCAAAUGAUGAAUCUUCACGGUUUUUAUCAACAUCAGUAAAUGGGGAUCAAACAAUGAAUAGUAGUUCAUCAUCACAUCGUGUUGCUCGUGGUCUUAGUUGGCGUGAAGCAAAUGAACGAGCUAGAAUUUUAUUUUAUCGUGGUAAACAUCCAGCUAUACAUUAUGAUGAACAAGCAGCUGGUUUUGAUGUACGAAUGUUACUUGAAACAACAUCAGGUGGAACACAAGAAAUACCUGUUACAGACAGUGAUGUUCAUGAAUUAUUGAAUUCAUGUGGUGUUCAAUGGGAUGGUGUUAAUAUAAUAUCAUUAGUUGAUCAUAGUGAAGAUGUUGUACGUGCUGCUGAACAGGCUGCAUUAAAAGUAAUACGUGAAAAAGGUCUUGUCGAUUUACGCACACCACCAUCGACAAGAAAUAUGGAUGAUAAUGAUGAACCUUCGUCAUCAUAG